AUGGGUAACAGUACAUGGAAAGUGAUUGCAGGUACUGCGCUAUUGACAGCGGCAGCAACCAAAUGUUUAGACGUUGCCUGGACUCAAUACAAGAGUACUCAACUUAACGAGCCAAAGCAAACUGAAAUAGCCAACGUGGAUAAAAGAGAAUAUUCAGAUGAAUUAUUUCGUGAACAAUUGGCCCGUAAUUACGCAUUCUUAGGUGAGGAGGGUAUGGAAAAGUUGAAACAACAAUAUAUCGUCGUGGUUGGUGCAGGUGGUGUUGGUUCUUGGGUUGUAACAAUGCUAGUGCGUUCCGGUUGUACCAGAAUCAGGGUGAUUGAUUUUGAUCAGGUCUCCUUAAGCUCUUUGAAUAGACAUAGUUGUGCCACUUUGAAAGACGUGGGGACUUCAAAAGUUGGGUGCUUGAAGCAACAUAUGGCAGAAAUUGCACCAUGGUGUGAAAUUGAAGCUAUCAAUGAACUUUGGACUAAGGAAAGUGGAGAGAGAUUGAUCUUUGGAGCAGGUCAACCAACUUUUGUGGUGGAUUGUAUUGAUAAUCUAGAUACUAAAGUUGACUUAUUGGAAUUUGUUUACAAUAAGAAUAUUGACGUUAUUUCUUCCAUGGGGGCUUCUACUAAGGGUGACCCAACCCGUAUUAACGUUGGUGAUAUUUCCUCCACAGAAGAAGAUCCGAUGGCUCGUUCAGUGAGGAGAAGACUAAAGAUCAAAGGUAUCACUACGGGUAUCCCAGUGGUUUUCAGUGCUGAAAAACCAGACCCACGUAAGGCUAAAUUACUACCAUUACCUGAUGAAGAAUACGAAAAGGGACAAGUUGGUGAAUUAAGUGCAUUGAAAGAUUUCAGGGUCAGAAUUUUGCCUGUGUUAGGAACUAUGCCAGGUAUUUUUGGUUUAACUCUUGCCACCUGGAUCUUGACUAAAGUUGCAGGCUACCCCAUGAAUCCGAUUGAAGGGAAAAAUAGAAUCAAGGUUUAUGAUGGUAUUUACCAAUCCUUGGCUGGGCAGAUGUCACGUAUUGGGAAGGAACAACGUGUUCCGAUUGCCAUUACUGAUAUUGGUUACAUCGUUGAAGAGGUCUUUAGAGGAAAAUCUCCAGUUAGUGGAUAUUCGACAAGGCUUACUUUAUCUCAAUGGGAUCCAGAAAAGCCUGUUUCUUUACAGAACGUGGUUAUAUUAACUAAAGAUGAACAAAAGGAACAUGAAAGGAGAGUCUUGAAUGGAGGUGAGAAGAUUGAAGGUGUUUAUUCUAAGGACGUUCUAGACUUGAUCAAGAAGAGAUUUGAAGAGGAAAAGUAUUACUCCCAAUUUAGAUAG